AGCAUUAUGAUCAACAGAAAGGGGUAAAAGUUAACAAAUAGAGUAAAAGGACCUGACGAUUGAUACCCUGAUUUGAAAUUCUCAGAAUACAGCAAUUUAUGUUAGCUCAACGUCUAGCCAGAAGGUUGGACAUAGUGAGGCAGCGCUGCUGGCAAGAUGUCACAGGAAACAAUGGCUCAAUACGACAACUACAAAUCACUCAUAAUCCCAGUCAGAACUAUGAUAUCUGCAUAGUUGGAGGUGGAAUAGUCGGACUAGGGACAGCCCGAGCUCUUAAUAUAAAAUAUCCUGACGUGAAAAUAGUUGUGUUAGAGAAAGAGGAUGAACUUGCGACCCACCAAACCGGGCACAACAGUGGUGUUAUCCACAUGGGAAUAUACUACACUCCUGGCUCGCUAAAAGCGCGGUUAUGCGGAGAGGGUGCCCGGAGAACAUAUGAGUACUGUGACGAGAAAGCUAUUCCUUACAAACGCUGUGGCAAAUUGAUAGUAGCUACAAAUGAGGAGGAGGUAUCGAGAUUAGAUGCGCUUUACCAGAUUGGUCUCAAGAAUGAAGUUCCCGGUUUAGCUCUCGUAGAUAGACAACAGAUAUUGGAGAUAGAACCCUACUGCACUGGCGGACUCAUGGCUAUACAUUCCCCGAACACUGGUAUUGUUGAUUGGAAGAGAGUGGCAUGCAGUUAUGGGGAUGAUUUCAUGGCUGGUGGUGGCACAAUCCUGACCGGGAGAGAGGUUGACACAAUAAAAGAUGUAGGAAAAGAGAUACGAGUUAAUUGCAAGGACAAAUCCAGAAUCACUGCUAAGAACGUGAUCACCUGUGCUGGACUCUAUUCUGACAGGGUUGCUGCGAAUGCUGGUGGUAAGAGUAGUCCUACAAUAGUUCCAUUCAGAGGAGAAUACUUGGAGUUGAGACCAGAAAAGAGAUAUCUUGUCAGGGGCAACAUUUACCCGGUCCCAAACCCCAAGUUCCCUUUCCUCGGUGUGCACUAUACCCCACGAAUGGAUGGAUCUAUAUGGCUCGGUCCUAAUGCUGUAUUAGCGGGUUCACGAGAGGGUUACUCCCGCUCGAGUAUUAAUAAGAGAGAUAUUGCUGAAAUGGCCACAUUUAGUGGACUGUGGAAGUUAGCAGUACCGAACUUGUCGUACGGUUUGAAUGAAAUGGCAAAGUCUGCUAUCUUGCCUUUACAACUAGCAGAUCUUCAAAAGUUCAUUCCUGAAGUCAAAUAUGCUGAUCUAGUCAGGGGAAGCUCUGGUGUACGAGCGCAAGCGAUGUCAGUUGAUGGAACCCUUGUUGAUGACUUCGAGUUUGAUACAUCUUGUCCGGGGAUGUUGCACGUGCGGAACGCGCCUUCUCCCGCUGCAACCUCGUCACUCGCAAUUGCGGACUUGGUGGUUGCAAGAGCUGUUGAAAGCUUCAAGUUGUGAAGUAGCUAGAUUUCAGUAGAACUUAGAUUUGAUUUUUGAUCUUAAUAAGAUUUUUAGAUUAUGAUUUGUUUCGAGAGAUGCAAUUUGAGGGCACAAUUUAGUAUUAUUGUGUUUGAUUAUCACUGUCCAUUUUAAUUUAUUGCUUUAAUUUGUUUUACAAAAAAUGUUUUAAUAUAGAUUAUA